UGCACAUUUUCCUUUAAUUUGAUUUGAUUUGAUUUUAUCGGGCGCUAGGUCAGACAUGAGAUAGUGUACUUUCUUUCAUGAUGGCAAUAAGACGCGUCCAUAGAUUACUACGCGUGUUACUACCAUUGCACUCAUCCCUUCUCUUUUUGCACUUGCCCUUUCUAUUUUCUGCAGAUAACUCGGGUCGUCGUAUCAACGAAUUGUCUGCGCUCCUCAGCAGGCAUGGCAUCUCCAUCUUCUACCUCUCCACCCGCAUCACGGACUUUGUUCUCGUCAAGGAAAAGCGCCUCAAGUCCGUCCUUCCCACCAUCCGCGCUCUCUUCUCCCUAUCUGUCGAUUCAGAGUGUGACCUCUCCUCCCGCGGAUUCACCUCCGAGUCCGAGCAAGGUUCCUAUCCAGGGUCCAGCUUCACCUCUAUGAACUCCUUCCUCCACACUCCUUCAUCCCCCUCCCGUGUCCAGUCCGUUCAUUAUCAAUACCCGAAUCACAAUGGUUCUUAUACCUCAUCCUAUCAGCAGCCACUUCCGGGAUUCUAUGGAUCCAGUUUCAGCAAUAGUUGUGGCAAACCGUCCACAGAGAUAAGCAUUCCGUUCGACAGACGGCCUAAUUAUGGGUACGGGCACUAUGCAGGACCACCGCCUCGCGGGAACUCGUUCUUUGGAGCACCUGGUCGACAAAAUUCCGACUCAGAUUCAUCUUCUACAAAGGAAGGAAAAGAAGGAACAGACGGAGAUGGUGGAUCAGGACAUAGUAUGACAUCCCCCAGCGGCAGCCAUAUGCAUCAUUCUUCCAAACAACGUGGGCGACAACCCUCACUGCCCGAAUCUUCGUUUGGCGAAGGAAUCGGACGAUAUUUCCCAAAACGACGUCCACACGGCUCCUCAUACGACAGUUUCGAUAGCCUAUCGAACCCGAUAACGGGAGAUGGAUUCAUGGGAUCCAUGAACGCUGCUUCAGGUAUGGAGAACAGUCUACAUAUUCAAACCACCUUCAGGGGUAGAGAUGUGAAGGGAGCUGUUGGAACGGGCGAGAAUCCCAUCAUGUUUCCGCCCUUGACACCAAUCUCAGGCAGUUAUCCGACCUUUGGGUCUUUUCAGUCGAUGGGGUUGAUGCAGGAGACCUCGGAAGAGCAGGAUGAGAGGGAGGCAAAUAUCAAGGAACAGAUCCGAAAGUCAUGUCCGCGGUCUGUGAUUGACGACAAGCUGUUUCUUGCAGGACUAUCACUGGAUUACCAAAACGAGUGGGCGGUGACACUGCUGAAGGUCCUUUUUUACCCGGAAGAGCUGCCGGGACCGUUGAGUAAUUCAAAGGCACGGUUUAUUUCAUUCACUACCACUGACGAAGGAACCUCGCUGAUCGCGGAUCAAGAGGUGCUGGGUCAGUUCGAGGACCAUAUGCUGAAUAUGAGUUCUUCAGAGACGAUGCUCCGCUGUAUUCAAGUAGACCUGUCCACAUUCGGUCUGGAUACCUAUGGGUUGGUGUACUUGAUGUCAAACCCGCUAGUCGACCAUAGCGUCAAUUUACUUUGUCUCAGCACCUUCCGGACCGCAAACGUUCUGGUCCACGACUCUGACCUCGACAAGUCUCUCAAGAUCCUCAGCAUGGCAUAAUAGUUACACUCUUCGCAAUCGUCCGUCCUUCUCUCCUUCCACGCACACACAAUGUAUCACUAG